UGUCCCUUUCCGUUUCCGUACAUGAAGUAUGGCGGUCCAAGAGUUGUGAAUACUAUUUUGUUUUGUGUAUAGUUAUUUUUUUCGUUGUUAAAUAUCCUUUCAUCGGGAUUUGGAGUUGCCAGACUUGAUCAUCAGAUUGGAGCUCAGAUCAUUAUGCCGUCCGCCUGUGACUCUCUAAUAGAGGACAUUGAGGACAUGGUGUCCUCCAGUGAUCCCACACCUCAGGAGAGACAGUCUGCUAGAAAGAAUAUCAUCCCAAGGUCCAGGAAGAGGAAGGAGCUUCUGAACAAUGAGGAGCUUCAAGUGGACAGUUUGAUCCCUGGCACCCAGAAGAUUUGGAUGAGAACAUGGGGGUGCAGCCAUAACAAUUCAGAUGGAGAGUACAUGGCGGGACAGCUGGCUGCCAGCGGAUACAAGAUGACUGAUGAUCCAGCAGAAGCAGACUUGUGGUUGCUGAACAGCUGCACAGUGAAAAACCCUGCGGAAGACCACUUCAGAAACUCGAUCAAGAAAGCCCAGGAACAGCAGAAAAAGGUGGUUGUAGCAGGAUGUGUUCCCCAAGCUCAGCCACGGAUGGACUACCUCAAAAGUCUCAGCAUUAUUGGGGUCCAACAGAUUGAUCGAGUGGUGGAAGUAGUGGACGAGGCUGUUAAAGGCCACUCAGUUCGUCUACUGGGUCAGAAGAAAGACGGAGGCCGGAGACUUGGAGGAGCCCGACUGGACCUGCCCAAGAUCAGGAAAAACCCUCUGAUUGAGAUCAUCUCCAUUAACACUGGGUGUCUGAAUGCAUGUACCUACUGCAAGACUAAACAUGCUCGAGGAGACCUGGCCAGCUAUCCCAUAGAAGAGCUCGUGGAGAGAGCCGUGCAGUCUUUCCAGGAGGGGGUGUGUGAGAUCUGGUUGACCAGCGAGGACACAGGUGCUUAUGGUAGAGACAUAGGAACAGACCUGCCCACGUUACUGUGGAGGCUGGUGGAGAAGAUCCCUGAAGGAGCCAUGCUGAGGCUGGGUAUGACCAACCCACCAUAUAUCCUGGAGCAUCUGGAGGAGAUGGCUAAGAUUUUGAAUCACCCCCGUGUCUAUGCCUUCCUUCAUGUUCCUGUGCAGUCAGCUUCAGACAGUGUACUGAUGGACAUGAAGAGAGAAUACUGCAUUGAUGACUUCAAAAGAGUCGUGGAUUUUCUCAAAGAGAGGGUGCCUGGUGUAACGAUUGCUACAGAUAUAAUCUGUGGUUUUCCCGGUGAGACAGAGAAGGAUUUCCAAGAGACGGUAGAGCUGGUGAAACACUACCGAUUUCCCAGUUUAUUCAUCAACCAGUUUUAUCCCAGACCUGGUACACCUGCUGCAAAGAUGGAGCAAGUACCAGCACCUGUGAAAAAGCAGAGGACUAAAGAGCUCUCCCGAAUCUUCCACUCCUACAACCCUUAUGACCACAAGGUUGGGGAGAGACAACAUGUGCUGGUGACAGAGGAAUCAUUCGAUACCCAGUACUACGUGGCUCACAACAAGUUCUAUGAACAGGUACUGGUACCUAAAAGGGUUGAAUUCAAAGGUAAGAUGGUUGAGGUGGACAUCUAUGAAGCAGGAAAGCAUUUCAUGAAAGGCCAACCAGUAGAAGACAGUAAACCUUUCACCCCCUCCAUUGCUGCACCACUUGAAAAAGGACAAGUAUCUGGUCUAAUGCAGGAACAUAUGGUCAACAGAGUCAAAGGAUCUGCUUCAGGGACGCCUGCAUUCACUUUCCUGAUUGGCUCCUACAGUCUGGACAGGGAAGUGCUAAAGAAACUAGGGAUAGGCCUCGCUCUGGCAGCAGCGAUCCUGGCCUUUAUCGUCGAGAAAUUGUACUGAAAGUCUAAUAGUGUGUAAUUAUUUUAUGUCAAACAAAGUCUGCAUCAGUGUAUAAAGAUGGACUCUGUGGGCAACGGCAGGUUGCCAGCCUUUCAAAGAACGCAUUCUUAUAAAGACAGUUGGGUAGAAAUGACAAAGAAAAAAGGAUUUUAAUAAGAAUCUGUGUCAAGUUCAGAUGGUUUGUGUUUUUUGUUGUUUUUAAUUUAAAAAUUGCCACCUUAGCUUUAUGGUUUUUUUGCUGGUAACUGCAUCCUGACAUUGUCCAUGGAACUCAAUGAUACAGUUGGAACAGCUUUGGAAGAUAAGACAGUUGAGUGCUAAUGUUUAUUUUAUUAUGUUGAAAUGAGCAAUGAUACUUUACCUUUAUUCAGAGUAUUUACUUUUGGAAGGGAGACUGUAUAUUUUUAGAGCUACAUAAUGAAUGUCAUUUAGGUUGUUUUUUAAUAUGCUUCCGUUGAACCAGUUCAAAAAUGUUUUCCUCACAUGACACAUUUUUAGUAUGUGUGUUAUUCAAAUUGAUUAGUACUUUGUUUCUACACCACAUGCUCAUCGGGAUUUGUUAUAUCUGUAUGUGAUGACCUUCUCUGCUUUGACAUAAAAGUUAAAUAUUUUCUCACUUAUCUUUAGUUGUGUCCAGUUGAUCUUAUCCUGUGUGAUUUAUCCUUUCACCUCUGUACAAUAAAGGUAAAUCUGAUAUUUGUGGAGCAGCCCUCCUUCAGUUCUUUCUCACUACCCUAAGGACCCAAAAGAAAAAUAUUCUCUCUCUUUUUCUAGGUAAUGUGCAACAGAGGAAUUAUAGUUUACCUGUGGAACAAAGCACGAGUAUCUUGUAUUGGAAAAGCAGCAGAACACUCAGAUAUAUAGAUUUCUCAAAACAUAAAGUAAACUAAAACUGUCAGGAUUGUAAAAUAUCUCUGAGGUGGGUGAUUUUUAUAAUUCAAUGUACCUUCUACUGGUGUGCAAACAUGUAGCAUUUAGGGUUGGUCAGUAUUCUUUUUUUUUUUUUUUUUUUCUUGUUGCAAAUAUUUCCAAAAAUAAAAAAAAAGCUGUA